AUGACAGAUGAUGAUACAGAAACAGAAACCAUCCCUUACCACAAUCCCUUUUCACCAUCAGACAAUCCAAACAGCCCAUUCUACAUACACCACAGUGAUAACUCCCACACUGUGGUUAUUUCACCACCUCUUUCAGGACCCAACUUUUUAUCAUGGCAAAGAUCCUCCACUCUUGCUAUUUCCAUCAAAAAUAAGCUUGGCUUCCUUGAUGGAAGCAUCCCCACUCCACCUCAUGAUGACCCUCUAUACAUCCCAUGGAUGCGCUACAACAAUAUUAUCUUAUCUUGGAUCCUUAAUUCUAUCACCAAGAAGAUAGCCUCCAAUGUCUUUUAUAUCAAUUCAGCCAAAACAGUGUGGGAUAAACUCCACACACGUUUUUCUCAACCAGAUUCAAUGAGGAUUUACCAAUUGCAACAGCAGCUUGGCACACUCAUACAAGGCACACAAUCUGUGAGUGAAUAUUUCACUCAUCUCAAUGGCAUUUGGGAGGAGCUCAAUAAUUAUAGGCCAUCACCAUACUGCUCUUGUGGUCACUGCACCUGCAAAGCACUUACUACAGUUGGUGAAACUCAGCAGGCUGACUAUGUUUUUAAAUUCCUCAUGGGACUCAAAGACUCGUAUGAAAGUAUUCGAGGACAAAUAAUACUGAUGAGCCCCAUUCCCUCACUUGAUAAGACUUUCUCCUUGAAUUUACAGGAAGAAAGACAAAGGCAAACUCGAGUCAUGAUGCAUCCUUCUGCUGAGUCCUCAACUAUGGUAGUUUCUCACAAUAUCUCAUUCAAAAAGAAAGACAAACCAGAGAUGACCUGCAGCUAUUGUGGAAAAUCUAGCCACCUUCAAGAAAAAUGCUAUAGGUUGAUUUGA